CAGCUUUCUUCCAAGAAAUCAUGGAGAGAGUGUUUAGCUUGCUUUACAAAGCUGCACGAGAAGGGAAUGUCACCACUUUACGACUUUUCAUUAAAGACUUUUCAUGACAUGAAUUUUCAUUAAAGACUUUUCAAAUAUGAACAAACUUAUAUUCGAUCAACUAUAUAUAUAGUCCAGCUUUUAGAAAAAGUAAGCACCCAAGUAAUUAAAUUCAGCUUUUUUCCAAGAAAUCAUGGAGAGAGUGUUUAGCUUGCUUUACAAAGCUGCACGAGAAGGGAAUGUCACCACUUUACGACAACUUCUUGAACAAGACAGUUUGAUUCUCGAUAGGCUCAUCAUCAUCAACAACAAUGGUUUCUCAGAGACUCCACUUCAUGUGGCGGCCAUGCUCGGCCAUGCAGAUUUUGUCAAGGAGAUCAUCACUCACAAGCCCGAACUCGCCAAUGAACUUGACAUUUGGCGCUCCACGCCACUCCACCUAGCGGUGGCGAAAGGCCACCUUGAGUCGGUCAGAGUACUGCUUUCCACGGCUGAUCACGAGCUCAUGUCUUCUACUUGGGAUGGAGAAGGGAGAAAUCCUCUCCACCUUGCGGCCAUGAGAGGGCGGCUCGAUGUGCUGAGAGAGCUGCUCAAAGUGGCGCCCGAGGCUAUUCGGGUCAAUUUGAAGGAUCGAAAUGAGACUAUUUUGCAUGUUUGUGUGAGGCAUAAUCAGUUGGAAGCUUUGAAGUUUUUGGUGAAUAAUAUGGAUGAUUACCAGAUUGUGAAUGCCAAAGAUGAUUAUGGCAUGACUGUUUUGCAUUUGGCGGUCACUAAUAAGCAAAUUGAGACAGUGAAGUUUUUGCUUAUAAACACUAAAAUUGAAGUCAACGCAGUCAAUGCAAGCAAUUUCACUGCACUGGACAUCUUAGCACAGAGCCAAAGAAGUGAGAAAGACUUUGACAUCUUAGAGUCUCUUCAUUCAAUGGGAGCAUCACGAGCCACAGAUCAACCCUUACCUAUGGAUCAUCACAAGCCUAUUAAAGCCACAACUCAUCAUCAUCAUCAUCAUCAUGUUCUUCAAAAAGACGAAGCUACAACAAAGCCAAGAUACUGGCUAACCAGAAAGAGAGAAUCCCUAAUGGUGGUGGCAUCCCUUAUCGCCACCAUGGCUUUCCAAGCCGGAACAACUCCUCCCGGCGGUCUCUGGCAAGAAAACACCUCCUCCUCCACGGCGGCGAACUCUCCUUCUUAUGAUCAUCACUUAGCCGGAGAGUCAGUAAUGGCUUAUAGAGACAGUGAUUUUUUGUACAAUUCUUACCUGAUUUGUAACACUGUGGGCUUUGUUGGAUCACUGAGCAUAAUCUUGCUAUUCGUUACUGGGUUGCCCUUUUGCCACAGAUUCUUGAUGUGGGUCUCCACGAUAAUUUUGUGGGUGACUAUAACAGCCAUGACUGCUACUUACACCAUUGCCAUUUGGGUUGCUGCUCCACACAAUGAUAUGAACAUUGUUCGUCAUAUGUUAUUGUAUUUGAUACUAAGCUGGGCUGGAGUGAUGGUUGUGGUUGCACUGCUCCAUAUGAUCAAUAUUGUCAACAAGAUUUUUAAAUGGUUGGGAAAUAUUACCAUGGUUAGAAGAAAGAAAUUUGUUUACGGCGAUGGGGCAGCAUAGGUCUGAAUUGUCACUUAACAAAAUACAGGGGCUGACCGAUCGCCUAUUCGAAAAAAACACAAAAGCCAAAAUUGUAUUAUUUUUUAUUCAAUACAUUGUCAUGAUAUGUAUGGUCGAAUAUCGACUCUUAAUUUUAGGAUUGUUGAAAUUUUUAUGAAUCCUUUUGGUUCGUAUUAAAAUUUCAUAUGUAUUCCUAUUAGGAUUCACUCUCCCCUUUUCACAAAAUACAAAAUAAAUAAAUAAGUAGACGAAUAUAUAUUAAUUUUCA